AUGAGUCGAGCGAGAAAAGAGAGCGAGGGAGUCAUCCUCGUCAUGGGCCCAACGGGAGCCGGGAAGAGCUACUUUAUCAACAAGCUCAAGAGAGGCGGGGCACAAGUAGGACAUUCACUCCGAGCCGAGACGACGAGAUGCCAGGGCGUCAAUAUCGAGUUUGGCUCGGCGGAAAACACCAGAGUCAUCACCGUGGUUGAUACACCAGGCUUUGACGAUACGCAUCGUUCGUCUGCAGAGGUUCUGUCUGAGAUCACAGAAUAUUUGGCAACUCAGCACGCUAUGGGUAUCCCCACCAAAGGAGUACUCUAUCUUCACAGGAUCUUGGAUAACCGGAUGAGUGGCUCUGCGAUGACGUCUUUGGGCCUGUUUCAAGACAUCGUGGGCGACUCUGCUUUGAAGAAUGUCAUCUUGGUUACAACCAUGUGGAACAAGUUGCGAGCCGAAGACAUAGCAGAAGCCGACAGACGAGAGCAGGAACUCCUCGACGACUUCUGGCGGCCCAUGAUCGACAAUGGCUCCUUCGCAACUCAGUUCCGUGGCACCAGCGACAAGGCUGCAGCGCUCGUUUACCACCUCGCCGAGAAGCAGAGCGUGGUUCUCAGGGUCCAGGAGGAAGCUUACGAGCAGGAGAAGGCGGUCGUUGACACGUCAGCUGGGGCGAACCUGAAUCACAGCCUGCAGGAGGAUGAGGAAAAAUAUGAGAAGCGAUUGAGGGAGCUGGAGCGAAGGCUGCGCAGGCAAGUCGAAUUAGGCGACAAGGAACGGCAGCGAAUCGUUCGGAGGGAGAUUGCCGCUGUCGAGGCUGUACUCAAGAGGCUGAGCAUGUCCCUAGACCACUUGGCGGACCGUCAAGGAUCCAGGGCGCGCAUCAGACGGUGGUACAGAGAGACAUCGGUAAAGAUCCAGGAAAACGGAGUAGGCAUGGCCUUUAUGGCGCUGGCAGCCGUCUUCAACAUCACCGUGUCGGUUGUGAGACUCGUGGGUGGUGUUUGA